UCCUGGCUCCCACCUCUCUCUCUCUCUGUCUCGACUCUCGUGAGGAUCGAGGGGCACCUGUCCUUAAUAUCUCAAUUCGGUUUCUCUCCUUUCAAUCGGUGGAUUCCCUGCGCUCGGAGAGGAAGAUUCAAUCGGUUACCUGCGCACGUCUGUUUGGGGGACUACCUACUGAUGUAGGAGAAAUGGGGAAUGCAGCAAUUGUCCAUCUUUGAACAAAUUUAGCAAGCCAGAGUGAUGCAAUGCGCACCUCAGCUUCAUAUCGGUUCAUUGCCUCCAGAGAUAAUGAUUUCUGGGGUUGGAUUUUCCUCUUGCUUGGCCUAUUUUUCUUCCUGGGGUUUUUCUUCACUGCAAUUGUAUCCAAGCUUCUUCCCCCAUCCAGUAAUGCCAUUAUGUCUGCCGUACAGAAUGACAGGUAUUACUGCUUCUUGGUGCCCUUGACUCUUCCAAUCCUUUUGGUGGCUGUAUAUUUCCAUUGGCUUGCAUCGAAUCAGACUGGCUAUUUUGAUUGGUGGUGCCAAGAUGAAGCUUUGCUAUUAUCCUUUUUAUUUUAAUGCUGUAAGUAGAUUAAAUUUGUGUGUAGCUCGGAUACAUUCAUACAGCGAAUUUUUCCCAACCCUGCAUGAGUCUCCUUCAUUGUUUGUUUGAUUGUAUUUAUAUAUGUGACCGACCUUUGUUUCCCUCCCCUGCUCUGCCUAUGGUCAUGGAACAAAACUCAAGCACACAUUUUGCCUGUUUAUUUUGCAUAAGGAUAUCUAAAACCAUGAAGGCUUGCUCCCAAAUCAAAUGGGAUCGUCGGUGAUCUAUGUUGGUCCCUCAUGAGCAACUUAAUCUGGAGUUAAGAUGUUAUAACUGGAAUGAGUAAUUUCAUUUUCAAUAUUGUUCCCCAUCUUGCAAAGCUGUAUUGAUUAUCUUCUGGUUGGAUUUAUCAUGUAUUCAUGUGUACUUACCAACCUAUUGUGAAAAGUAAUGUUUUUAGAUAUU